GUACGGAGACUUGUGGUGUUUGUGGUACGGAGAGUGGCAGACUGUGCAUCAGAUGCGAAACAUGUGACAAAAGUUUAUGCGAGUCGUGCGAGCAACAACACCGAGAUGAUGAUAAUCUUAGUUCUCAUGAACUAGUCAGUAUUCCUACAUGCUCCUUGUCCUCCGAAAGUGAAGAGUCAACUCUCGUCUGUCCCAACCAUCAUGGAAAUUCCCUGCAGUUCUACUGCACAGCCUGUGAAACGGGUGUUUGUAAAGACUGUACUACGGUGGAGCAUAUUGGACAUAAUGUCAUAUCGCUACAAGAGGCUAUAGAAGAACAUAAAUCCACGUUAGCAAAUCUGAUCACUGGUGCCAAGGAUCAAAUUCCACUUAUACAGGAGGCUAUAAAUAACAUUUCCGAAGUGUCUCAGUCUUUAACUAGUCAGACUGAAGUUGCUGAAAGUAAAAUUGUUGAAACUUUUGACGAUCUUGUCAGACUAAUGAAUGAAAGAAAAGAUGCGCUUUUAAAAGAUUUAAACACAAUAUAUAACAAGAAACAUGAAGUUUUGAUGAACCAAAAAGAAAAUUUAGACAGUGUUAUAACCAAAAUAAAUCAUUGUUGUGAAUUUACUGAAGAGACUUUAGAAAAUGGUAGCGAUACUGAAGUAUUGCUCGUACAGAAGGAAAUGUCCGGUAAACUUCAAGAGUUCGCAUCUGGUAUGAUUAGAAGGGAACCAGAAGAAAAUGACUUUGUUGGUUUCGAUACUGCUCACUGCCAAGGUUUGAAGAAAUCCCUAGGUACCUUAGGAUAUAUUAAAAAUAAUAGUGCCAUAGGUUAUAAUACUACAGCAACUGGUGAAGGUCUAAGACAUGCGUAUGUAAAUAAACCUGCUGUGAUCACCAUAACAACCAAAGAUUGCCAAGGCGACCUUGUAAAAGUAGGUCAAGCACUCAUAGACUCUGAGCUUCAAGCUACAAAUGGUGAUAGAAUUAUUCCAGCAAUAACAGACCAACAGAAUGGUACUUAUGAACUUGUCUAUUUAUUACCUAGGGAAGAUAACUACAUGAUGUUUAUCAAAAUAUUUGGUAAACAUAUAAAAGGGUCACCAUUCAAGGUCAAGGCCGUUAAUGUUGGGGCUGAAGAUCAUCAUGAAGCUGCAGGUAGCCAUUCUAAAAUCCCCAGAACUGCAGCAGUCAAACAAAAAGGGACCAAAAGGCCAUCUAGUUCAAGGUCAGGAUCACAUAGAAAAAGCAAUUUGAUUGAAGAUGACCUGUUAUGGAGAGUUGGUGUUAAAGGUCGAAAUAAAGGCGAGUUUACAAAUCCGCAAGGUGUUUGUUGUAUAGAUAAUAAAAUAUUGGUUGCUGACAGUAAUAAUCAAGUCGCUCAAGUGUUCACGCUCUCUGGUGAUUGUAAACUAAAAUUUGGAACACCUGGUAGAGUAGCCGGGAAAAUGCAGCGACCAACAGGCGUCGCUACAACCUUAAAUGGAAACUUUUUAGUAGCCGACUAUGACAAUAAGUGGAUAAGCAUAUAUGCCCCUGACGGUAAAUACCUGAAUAAGAUUGGUACAGGAAAACUUCUAGGACCGAAAGGUAUUGCUGUAGAUAGGAACGGACAUAUCAUUGUUGUCGAUAAUAAGGGUAGUAGUAUAUUUAUAUUCCAGUCUAAUGGUAAACUUUUGUCAAAAUUCGGAUCACGUGGGAAUGGAAAUCAUCAAUUUGCGGGACCACAUUAUGUAGCAGUCAAUGCAAGCAAUGACAUAAUAGUGUCUGAUUUUCACAAUCAUUGUAUAAAGGUAUUUGAUUGUGAAGGGAACUUUCUGUUCAGUUUUGGCUCCAAUGGUGAAGGUAACGGACAAUUUAAUGCACCAACAGGUGUCGCAGUUGAUGAGUAUGGAAAUAUUAUAGUUGCUGACUGGGGAAAUUCAAGAAUACAGGUUUUUGAUAGUAAUGGAUCAUUCCUGAGCUAUGUGAACACUUCAGCUGAUCCCCUGUAUGGACCACAGGGACUAGCCAUUACUCCAGAGGGAACAGUCGUUGUGUCCGACUCCGGGAACCACUGUAUAAAGGUUUACAAAUACCUACAAUAAAGCCAGGUACCAGAAUGCUGAGAUUUGAUCAAGGCUUUAGGAACCAGCUGGUGCAAGUCAACACAAAUUCACAGCAAGGUCGGAAGACAAGAAAUUUUCUGUCUCGGAUUUUAAUCAACUUCAUUGGAACAAUUUGUUAAACAAUCUAUACAUCUGUCCACUAUAUACUCAGCCUUCAGUCAGUUUUGUAUGUGUAUGAGUAUGACAUCAUGUACAUAAUGUCGCAGUUCAAUGGGAAAGAUAUAAAAACUCGUAAUGUGACUUGAAUCUAGUCUUUCUUUUCAAAGGCAUUGGGACCAUAGUCUUUUUUUCUGCGUGUAAUAAUAAGCUUGGAACCAGUAUGAAAUAAUUUAUAUUCUGUUGUUUAUUAUAAGCUUUCUGUCUUUAUGUUGUACAAAAUGUGGUCAGCUGAAAAAAUUGCUUGUGGCGAAAUGAUUGUAUCUUCAUACGAUAUACAUGUAUAUGCCAUUAUCACCUCAGUGCAGUAACAAUUUUACUCCUUAUAUUGAUCCUUCAAUUGGAGUUAAUCUGUUACUGCACUAAGAUAACAAAUUCUAUUUAUUUCAUUCUGACAAAUUAAUCAAUUUAACUGAACAUGUUUGGAAUCAACAUAGAUCUUACAUUUUGGCUUUAAUUGGAUCAUAUAUACUGGCCUUAAAUGUCCUGUCAAUUAUAACAUUUAUGUAAGGUUAAUGAGGUCAGGUAUCGCUACCUCAUUUAGAACUUAGUAUUGAGAUUUCAGUGUUUAAAAAAUUAAAUGGGACCAUUAUAUAUUGUAAAAAGUUUUUGCUAAAUAUAUAUAUAGUUAUGUUUUUGAGUAAUGCACUGUUUUCUGAUACACUGCAAGAACAUGUGGUAACAGGGGUGAAAUAUCAGUAACUCUUGCACAAAGAAUACAUUAGUCAUGUAUGAAUUGUCUCCCUUAUUGAAUAUUUUGUGAUAAAUUAUAUCAUAAAGGCAUUGAAAAAUUUCUCAAUCACAUGGGUACAUCAUUUCAAUUUCUUUUCUUUUUUGAACAUAAUAUAUAGUUACAUUUCAAACAGUGUGUCAUAUUGCAAGCAUUGGCUGGUCCAUUUUCAGUAACUCUUGCACAAAGAAUACCUUUUCAUAUUUUUGGUUGUCUCCCUUACUAGAUAGUUAUUCAACAUUUGAAGACUGGUUGUGAUUUUGAUAAAAGUUAUUUUAGCUCCCUGGAUUCUGGAUACCAUAGGGUACUAUUCUUCUAUUUAAUCAGACUAAAGUUGUUGUUUAAUUUUAGAAUUUUAAUAAUUGCUGUCUUUUUUUCUCUUUUUGUAUGUCAUGGAGAUUAUGUAAUAUUAUAAAUUUUGGACUCUAUGGUAAAUCCAAAAGUCCCAUGAAUAAAUUGUUUGAAACCUGAACACUACCACUUUAACUCAUGAAUUAAUUUGAUAUUACAUGUAAUAAUGUUAUUGUUGUAAGUAUAAGUUGUCAUUAUAUAAGCUUUGAAAUGAUAACAAUUUCAACAUUUCUUAAAUGGACUUUCCCUCAGUUUCCAUUUUUGGAACUGGUCCAUUAAAAAUGUUGGGGAUAUCAGGAUAACAAUUUAUAACUAGUCAGUCGACAGUAUAGAGCUGGCCUUGCUCGAUACUGUUAAGUCAAUGUCGGUUUUUAAAAAUCUCUCUCAGUUUUCCAUUUUGGUAAGGGUUAACUAUAAUCUGUAAUCUUAAGUUUGUAAAUCUAAUUAAAUUUGAAGUAAACAUAGCCUAGCCAUUUAUAGGUUUUUUUAGGGUAAAAACUUGCAAAAAUAUAGAUUGAUACAUAUUUUUGUUUUGUUUAUUAUCUAAAUUGAUUGUAUAUAUGUACAUGUAUUGCAGCACUGAUAUAAAUUAUGUUCUUGAAAUUUAGAAAAUGCUGCAUUGAACUUUGUCUAAUACUUGAAAUUUGUCUAAUUAGAUGUUUAUUAAAAAAUCUUUAACAAUACGUAUUAUUUUCAUCAAAUUGAUAUACAGAAAUUAUGUUAGGGUACAUUGUUUUUUCAGGUGUUGGUAAAAGUGAAAAUAAUGAUUAUAUGUUGUUUACUAUAUUGUUCAAAACAGUUUGUUGUUGAUACCACCAAAUAAAUGCUGGUUUUGCUUGAUAUGCUUCA